UCCCUUCUGUACUUUUCCCCCCUCUACUCACUUUCUACCAUGAUGGCUGCGGAGGUCAGCGGGGAAGAAACGGUCACAUCAGGAACAGGGGUGGCAGGCGGAGGAGGCCCAGAGACGGCCCCUUUCCCCUACUACUCCAAGCCAAGUAGAGUGGGAGUCACCGAUCUGGGACAAGGUCCAACACAAACCCUCCGUCAAUUUUCAAACACCUCUCCGGACUCACUCCCCGACAUGAGCAUAAUGUAUCCCACCUCUGGUGGAGGAGACAUGACAGCUUCAGCAACAGGAGGUGGACAGUCGGGGAUUCCUCGAACAAACUCAGGGAGCAUGUGCCACUCUCCCAAUUCGGAGGAGUCAGCGAGUCAGUUUUCACCCACAUCUAAGGGCCCAGAUAGCCCCACUGCCUUCCCCCCGCUGCCACCGCCGCCCCCAGCCCCCGCAGGCUGCGCAGGGCACGGCGUCACCAUGGAUGAAAGCGAUAUGCAGGAUGGGCCGGAAUGUGAGGACGACGAGGUGCUGCUUGAACUGUCCGCACCACCCACGAACCAGUGGUAUCAUGGCAAAUUAGACAGAACAAUUGCCGAGGAACGCCUGCGCCAGGCCCGAAACCCUGGCAGCUACCUCAUCAGGGAGAGUGACCGCCGGCCCGGUUCCUUUGUCCUGUCUUUCCUCAGUGUAACCAAUGUGGUUAACCACUUCAGGAUAAUUGCCAUGUGUGGGGACUAUUACAUUGGUGGGCGGCGGUUCUCUUCAUUAUCGGACCUGAUUGGUUAUUACAGCUAUGCGUCUUGCCUACUAAAAGGAGAGAAACUGUUACUGCCGGUGGCACCUCCAGAGCCUGUUGAAGACAGGAGGAGAGUCAGGGCGAUACUUCCAUACACCAAAGUGCCAGAUACUGAUGAGAUCAGCUUUCUGAAAGGGGACAUGUUUAUUGUUCACAAUGAACUAGAAGAUGGUUGGAUGUGGGUAACUAAUGUUCGCACAGAGGAGCAAGGGCUCAUUGUGGAAGAUCUGGUGGAGGAGGUGGGCCGGGAGGAGGAUCCACAUGAGGGAAAACUCUGGUAUCAUGGAAAAAUCACAAAACAAGAGGCUUACAACCUUCUGAUGACAGUUGGUCAGGUGUCCAGUUUUCUCGUCCGGCCAUCUGACAACACUCCUGGAGACUACUCCCUCUUUUUUCGUACCAAUGAAAACAUCCAAAGGUUUAAAAUCUCCCCCACGCCCACCAAUCAAUACAUGAUGGGUGGGAGAUACUACAACAGUGUUGAUGACAUCAUCGACCAUUACAAAAAAGAACAAAUUGUUGAGGGCUACAACCUAAAAGAGCCCGUUUCAGUUCAGCACCAGGAACAAGUGCUCACUGACACAGUGGAUGGUAGAGAAAUUUAUAACACUAUAAGACGAAAAACAAAAGAUGCUUUCUACAAAAACAUUGUCAAGAAAGGCUACCUCCUGUUCAACAAAGGCAAAGGCAAAAGGUGGAAGAACCUUUACUUCAUCCUGGAAGGUAACGAUGCACAGCUCAUCUAUUUCGAAAGUGAGAAGAGAGCCACCAAACCCAAAGGGCUGAUUGACCUAAGUGUGUGCUCCGUGUAUUGUGUGCAUGACAGUCUGUUUGGCAGGCCAAACUGUUUCCAGAUUGUUGUCCAGCAUUUUAGUGAGGAGCAGUACAUAUUUUACUUUGCAGGAGAAACUCCAGAACAGGCACAGGACUGGAUGAAAUGCCUUCAGACUUUCUGUAGUAACUUAAGAAAAACCACUGUAAACACCUCCAACAAAAGGCUCAGACAGGUGAGCAGCCUGGUGUUGUAUGUGGAGGAGGCCCACAAGCUACCAGUGAAGCAUUUCACCAACCCCUACUGUAACAUCUACUUGAACAACGUCCAAGUCGCUAAGACGCACCCGAGGGAGGGCCAGAAUCCCGUCUUCACUGAGGAAUUCAUUUUUGAUGAUUUGUCUGGUGAAAUCAACAGAUUUGAAAUUAGCCUGAGCAACAAAACGAAGAAGAGCAAAGAAAUUGAUAUCUUAUUUAUGCGCUGCCAGCUAAACCGUCUGCAGAAGGGCCAGAUGAUCGACGAGUGGUUCCCCCUCAGCUCCCACAUUCCCCUAAAGGGCAUCGAGCCGGGCUCCUUGCGAGUCCGCGCCCGCUACUCAGUGGAGAAGAUCAUGCCCGAAGAGGAGUACAGUGACCUCAAGGAGAUGAUCUUACAGAAAGACUUCCACGUCAUCUACGCUUUGGCUCAUGUGUGCGGACAGGACCGCAGCUUACUGGCGAGCCUCCUCCUGCGGAUCUUCAGACACGAGAAAGCUGAAGCCCCUUUACUCAGGACGCUAAAUGACAGAGAGAUCAACAUGGAAGAUGAGGCUACCACAUUGUUCAGAGCAACAACCCUGGCCAGCACGCUGAUGGAGCAAUACAUGAAGGCCACGGCCACGCCCUUUGUCCUCCACGCUCUCAAAGACACCAUCCUCAAGAUCAUGGAGAGCAAACAGUCCUGCGAGUUGAAUCCCUCAAAACUGGAAAAGAAUGAAGAUGUGAAUCUGAAUCUUGCUCAUCUCCUCAACAUCUUGUCGGAACUGGUAGAAAAGAUCUUCCUGGCUGCUGAGAUCCUGCCACCUACUUUACGCUUCAUCUACGGCUGCCUGCAGAAAUCUGUGCAACGAAAGUGGCCGAACACCACAAUGAGGACGAGGGUUGUGAGUGGUUUUGUCUUUCUAAGACUGAUCUGCCCUGCCAUCCUCAACCCCCGGAUGUUUAACAUCAUUGACGACCCCCCAUCAUCAACAGCAGGCCGCACUCUCACACUGGUGGCUAAGUCUGUCCAGAAUCUGGCAAAUCUUGUUGAGUUUGGUGCUAAGGAACCCUACAUGGAGGGUGUGAACCCUUUCAUCAAAUGCAACAAGCAGCGGAUGAUCAUGUUUCUGGAUGAGUUGGGGAACGUUCCUGAACUCCCAGAGACGACAGAGCACUUUAGGACAGACCUGCCCCGUGAUCUGGCAGCGCUGCACGAGGUCUGUGUCGCACACUCGGAUGAGCUUCGCACCCUGAGUAAUGAGAGGGGCGCCCAGCAGCAUGUGUUGAAAAAGCUGCUGGCCAUCACAGAGCUCCUCCAGCAGAAGCAAGCUCAGUAUGCCAUGUCCAACAGUAACAGGUAGUACCGUGUUCCUCCUCUCGCCAUCUUCCCAAGUCGCCCGGAGUGCAGCCCAGAGACCUAGCAUGCCCAACCUUCAUCACCAUGGCAACCCAUCCACCAGUCCUCCAUCAUGACAGACCCGCCCAUCCCCACCUAUCAUCUUGUCUCGUUCAACACAAAAGAGCUAUGCAACAUCAGCAGUUGAUAACAAGCAGCACAGCAUCGAAAACAUAAAAUAAACACCACCAGUGACUGACAACCUAAGAUAUUUUCCUUCAUGGACUUCUAACUUUGACUCGGGUCAAUUUAAUUCCCUUCGUUAAGAGGUAAAAUAUUAAGAUAUGAAGAGGUGUCUUUGUUUCCUCUGCGUUUUAUUAGCACAGCUUUCCGGAGCAGAGCCUCCUUCCUGACUUUCUCAGCUCGAGAAAAAUGACCAGAGAAAGUCCUUCUCUCAGUUUGACGGUAACUGGAUUCUUAGCAUUGAUGCUUUUUAUACUGUAAUUAAAGACUGAUUAAUUUUAAAGUUUGUGAUAUCAUCUGCAAAGUGGUGAGAGAAAAAAACAAAGCUUUUGUCCUUUUGUGUUCUAGAUUGGAACAAAUUCUUUCAGAGACUUUUUAUAUGAAUAAAUUCUCUUGCUGGGAUCAUGAGUAUAUAAGUUAGAUGCAAUGUUUUUGUUUUCUUUUCUCCAUUGUAUCAGCUGUUGAUUAUUUAGUUGAAACUUUUUUUAAUUUCUCUGUGCCCGACAGGACACAUAAGAGAAACCAAGUAAGAUAAGUGUUUACAGUGGCAGGUUUUGGAGUAGUACAGACUGUAAUAGACAUGCAUGCACUUAUUAAACUGUUUUUGUAAAGUAGA